AUGCAGAAGAUCUUGAUCGAGCCUUCAAGCAACGACAUGGCGAGGAGCGCCAGGAUGAACAUGGAGUGCGACCGGCAUGUCCUCCGCUGGCGCUGCGGCAGCCUAGCGGCUUGCGCGGAUGACCUCGGACUGAUCGUGACCGCCCUCGCGUACAUUACACGUUUGAAGCCGCACUUCGAGGCCAUGUCGAUUAUGGCCCGCCUCCAGCUCCAGCCGUCGAAAUGCGUUCUGGUUCCGCUUUGGGGCACCCUGUCAGAUACAGACGCUGCUGCUCUCCGCGUGGAACUGGGCACUCUCAUGGAGGGAUGGGGGGACUUCAGCAUUGCGAGCUUCAUGGAAUGCUUGGGCGUCAAGCUCGGCCCGGGCGCAACGAACGAAAUGCAGUGGGCGGAGGCGGCAGGCAAGUACCACAUGCGCUUGUGUCUACUCCGGGACUGCCCGGCGCCGAACGAGGUGAUCGUGUGCGACUACAACUCGGCGGCGCUGCCCGUACUGAGCUACCUCAUGCAGUUCUUCGUUCUAGACCCCAAGCUCUAUUUCAGCGAACUUGAUGGUUUACAUCGAGUCCUGCGCUGCCCUCCCAAGGCGUUCACCAGAAACGACUUGCUCAGCAUGCGGCGCUGGGUGUCCAUGACGUCCUUCGCGUCGAUGCUCGCCCUGUCCUUCGCUACGAUGUGGCGCGCAGCGGCGGUCACCAUGACGGAGUGGCCGAGAUGGCCGGAGAGCUUGCGCGAGCAUGCGCUCGAGGAGGGUUUGGCGACACGGGUGGUACAGGGGCUGUGGCCUGCUCCGUUUUGGAAGGAAGAGCGUGCCAUGGUCCACACGUUCGAUGACCACCUCUCGGCGCGCCCUCACGCUCGUCUUCGUCGUAACGGCGUUCGCGCGGCAGCCAGUCUCAACAAGGCCCGGAGGGAGAUCGAGCAGCACGCGAGGCGUUCCCAGGGACGCGGCAGCGUCCCCGUCCAGAAGGCGAUCUACCAGUCCAUGGCCCAGGAGCUUCAUGACGACUCCUUCGACGUCACCAUCGGGAAGAGAUUGGAGAAAUGGCCGGCUGAAGAUGGCGAGGUGGUACCCGGAGACCUCCAGGAACGGUGGCGUCGUCUUCGCGCCACCCUCGCUACCCUGAAGCCUGGGGUGUGCUGGGCGGUGGUGAAAACCUUGGCUGGAGCAUGGCCGACAAGCCACCGAAUGCACGUGUUAGACGAGCGCCUGACGUGCAGGUUCGGCUGCCAGGCCGAGGACGACGACCAGAUCGAGGAUGAUGAGCUUCAGCGGGCGGCAGUGCGCAUAGCUUUGAUGUACCACCUGUACAACAUCAUCCGUCACGAAAUCGCAGACACCACCUACGACUACAACCCCGAGGCGGGCGACUUGUCCGUCACACUAGCUUCAUACCUGUUUAGAUCUUGCCUGCAAAUGGCAAUCUCCAUCCGAGUUCUCCUCGUGCCAGCGGCGCUGUUCGAUCUGGGCUCGGCACUCACUGCGCUGCGCAACCAGGAGGAUAAGCGCCUGGGGCACAACCUGUGGCUGGUGGACGAGCUCGGCCUGGAGAACUCCGCCACCGUGCUGAAGCCCUGGGGCGAGGAGCAGCUGCUCGGGACGCAGCUUGACUCGCACGCCCGCUGCGAGGAUGCGGCGGCGGGCAGCAACUGCUACGAGGCCGUGAAGUACCUCAUGAAGACUGGUUUUACGAGGCACCCGGACUGGUACCCCGGGUUCACGCGCAAUUCUCUCUUCCAGGACGUGCAGGCCAUGCUCAACAGCACAGGCAAGUCGAAUUGCCCGAAGCCGUGUGCGGUGACAACUGCCGAGAGGGCGGAGAUGAAGGAAGCGGGCCUGGUCACGGAGGCGGUCACCGCCAAGAUGACGGACAAGAGCUGCCACGACAUGGUGGAGGGCGGCUCGGACGGCUGGGACCGUUGCAACCGCGCCAUCGCGUGGGUGACGACGAAGGGCAUCGUGGCGCACCCAGACUGGUUCCCCACCCUGAGCGCUAACUCCAGCCGGGAGGACGUGCAGGAGGAACUCCACCGCCAGAGCAAGGCAGGUUGCCCCAGGACCUGCAGGGCGGAGCGCGACGCCCAGGCGCCUGGCCCGGGCCUGAAGCCCCUCCGGGAGAUGACCCCGGACGAGCUGCGGAGGUACAUCCGGGGCGAGUGGGACGGCAGGGCGGCGGCGGCGGACGUGCCAGCGAAGCAGGCGCCGUCGCCAAAGCAGGCGCGGGCGCCAGAGCAGGCGGCGCCGGCGCGCACCGGGGCGGAGGGGCAGGCCCCGGUGGAGGCCGAGGGGACGAAGGACAGGGCCGAUGCGAAGCCCGAGGUCGAGGCCAAGCCCGCAGCUCAGGAUGAAGCAGCGGCGACGGAGCCAGAGGCAAUGGUGGGGUCAGAGGCACCCACUGCGACGUCUGCGACGGCGCAGCCAGCAGAGGAGGCGACGACUGAGAAAACGGAGGAGACGAAGGAGACGGAGAGCAAGACCCCUGUUGAGGAUGAGGCAGCGGCGAUGAAGGCAGAGGCAAUGAACAAGGCCGAUGCGGAGCCUCACGUUGAGACCAAGACCGCUGCUCAGGAUGAGCUGGCGGCGGCGACGGAGACAGAGGUGAAUAAGGACACGGCCGAGGCGGAGCCCCUGGUCGAGACCAAGAACGCUGCUCAGGAUGCGCCAGCGGCGGCGACGGAGACAGAGGUGAAGAAGGACAUGGCCGAGGCUGAGCCCCAGGUCGAGACCAAGACCGCUGCUCAGGAUGAGCCGGCGGAGGCGACGGAGACAAAGGUGAAGAAGGACAUGGCCGAGGCUGAGCCCCAGGUCGAGACCAACACCACUGCUCAGGAUGAGCCGGCGGCGGCGACGGACGCAGAGGUGAUGAAGGACACGGCCGAUGCGAAGCCUCAGGUCGAGAGGGAGACUUUUUCUGCAGAUGAGUUGGAUAAGGAGAUGGAGGCAGAGAUAAGUAAAGUGGAGAAGACCGAGGCAGAGAUUGAUAUGGGCGAUGCGAAGUCCCAGGUGGAGAGCGAGACCAUUGCUGCGAGUCAGGCGGCGGUGGAUAAUGAUGCAGAGAUAAUGAAAGAUACGGCCGAUGCGAAGCCCCAGGUCGAGAGCAAGACCAUUGACGAAGACCAGUUGGCGGCGGAGAUGGAGGCAGCGAUGAUGAAGGCUACGGCCGAUGCAAAGUCCCAGGUCGAGAGCAAAACCGCUGCUGCGGAUCAGUUGGUGGCGGAAAUGGAGGCAGCGAUAAGGAAAGAUACGGCCGAUGCGAAGCCCCAGGUCCAGAGCCAGACCAUUGUCGAGGACCAGUUGGCGGCGGAAAUGGAGGCAGCGAUGAUGAAAGCUACGGCCGAUGCGAAGCCCCAGGUCGAGAGCAAAACCGCUGCUGCGGAUCAGUUGGUGGCGGAAAUGGAAGCAGCGAUAAGGAACGAUAUGGCCGACGCAAUGCCCCAGGUCGAAAGCAAGACCAGUGCUGAGGAUCUGAUGGCGGCGGAAAUGGAGGCAGCGAUAAGGUAA